ACGUGUGCUCGUGCUCUGCCCAUUUUUCGCUCUCCGAGACUAAAACACACGUCGCAGCGAGCAUCAACUUCAAAACAUAUCGGAAAUCCGGAGGAGGGAGGGAGGGUACGGACAGUUGGACAUAUCGACGGCUUUACCGAAGCAGCUUUUUAAAAAAGAAAACAGGAUCCAAGCGGCAGCUCCGUCUUUACUCUGGCCCUGCAGAACAAAGAGUCCUGAAGCUUGGUCGCCCCCUCCCCCCUGAACUGAACUGUCAGAUUGAUUGAGUCCAUACUUGAGGACUGAGAGGACCAAUGCAGGAGCUACUCUUUUACUAUUACACAAGAAGAGCUCUGCUGGAGUGAUUGGUCCAGUGCCUGCACAUCCAAGUAAGUCGAGUGGCCAUCAGCCCUGGGAGCUGCUUCGAGGUGUCUCCUAGUUGUGGAUUGCAUCAUUACGAGACAAUAACAGUGGGAAUCAAAACUCUCCCUCCUCCCCCUCUCCAUUGAAACCCUCCUCCUAACAAAUACACACUCCAACACACACACACACACACAUGCAAAAACCACCGACCACUCCUCCCACGCUGGUCAUGGUCCACUCCCUCUGUCUCUGCAGCCAGUCAGGCAGGGAGUCGAUGGAAAGUGUGUAAUCCUCUGUAAAGUAAAGGGCCUAUACGGCUGCAUAUGCUCCCUUUUUGUUAUGGCAGCUGUUAUUGUUGCAGAGGCCUCCCUCAGGAGAGAACAUGAGGGAGAACAGAAGGCGGCAUAACGCUCACAAAGGCUCAAAACGAGAGAGCGAGAGAGGGACUGAGGGACACUGACGCUGCCAAUUUAUUUGACCGGAGGAGAAUGAGCUUCGCGGGGCAAUGGAUGGAAUUCAAUGGGGGUGAAACCACAUGAUGUGGGACUGGCCUUACCUCCUCACACCAAUCACAAAUUGGACCAACAGUCAACUUUGGAGAUAUUUGCCACAUAGUGACCUGCAACAAGGAAUGCAGUGAAAUAGAGAAAAGUAGAAGAGACUUUUUUUUUUUUUUUUUUUUUUUUUUUGGUUUAGAUCAUUUUUCUAUUUUUUUUCUCUCCUUGGUGUUUUUUUCACUAACGCCCUACCGAAAGUGCCUUUUUGUCUAUUUUUUUUAAAACAUCUUGCUCUAUAUUCAUACGCCAUAUCGUCACUGGUUAUUACAUAUAACUUUACGUACAGUCACUGUCACAUUCACACGUGUGUUGCCAUUUAGAAAAGGGUAUAUAAUAUAUUAGACUUUGUGCAUAGGUGUUUACAGCCACAUCACCAGCCUCCAUCAAAUUCCCAGCUGACAAUCAUCGCCUUCCUUAAUUUUGUUUCUACUCGGGGCAGGGUCGAGUUCUGUUGCUCUGUUCUUCUGCACCACCUUCUUCUGAUCUUUGUUUCUUCAACGACACAUAGCCGUCGCCAUGGUUAGUAUCCAGUCCAAAUGGCGCUACCUUUUCAUGUUUCUGGGCAUCCAGCUGGUGGUCAUGGCACUGCUGUCCCGAGAGGGAUACCAGAAGAGGGUCUCUUACUUCAUCCGAAUCUUCCGCAAGCCUGACACCACUGGUUUGUCCAGCCGUAACCACACAGCAGCUGGCUCCGCUGGAGGGGAUGUAUAUGCAAACCUCUCCCACAUAUCCAAAGCUCAUAGCCAUGGAGAUGACAUGCCAUACUGCCCUAAGACGUCCCCUUUUAUCGGUGGGCCGAUCCACGUCAGCUUCCCGUCACGGCUGACUCUAGAGGAGGUUCAGAGGAAAAAUCCACUGGUGGUGCGCGGAGGACGCUACAGACCACCCGACUGUGAUGCGAGGCACAAAACAGCCAUCAUCAUUCCCCACAGACACCGAGAACAUCACCUUAAGUUCCUACUCUACUACCUACAUCCUUUCCUGCAGCGACAGCAGCUCCAGUAUGGGAUCUACGUCAUACACCAGGCUGGGAACUACACUUUUAACAGGGCCAAGCUGAUGAAUGUUGGUUUCCGGGAGGCCAUGAAGGAGGAAGACUGGGACUGUCUGUUCUUCCACGAUGUGGACCUCAUUCCAGAGGACGAUCGCAACACGUACAUCUGUGACUCCAACCCCAAGCACGCAGCCAUCGCCAUGGAUAAGUUUGGCUACAAGCUUCCGUACAAGAUGUACUUUGGAGGAGUGUCAGCUCUGACGCCACUGCACUACCUCAAAAUGAACGGCUUUCCCAACAACUACUGGGGCUGGGGCGGAGAGGACGACGAUAUUGGAGUCAGAGUGUCUCUGGCGGGGAUGUACAUCACUCGUCCGUCACUGAAGGUUGGCCGUUACAAGAUGAUUAAACACAAGCUGGACAAAGGCAACGAUGUGAACCCAAAGAGGUUCAACAUGUUGGCCAAGACACGUCAGACCUGGAAAUUGGAUGGGAUGAACACAGCUGAAUAUGAGACAAUCUCACGGCAAUACCUGCCUCUCUACACCAACAUCACUGUCAACAUCGGCACUGAGGACGGUCUACAUCCGUCUCCCCCGACAACACCUGCCAAAGCUGCAGGCAAACCGGCAGGCAAAAUACUUGACCCAGCCAAACCCCCUGCCAAACCCAACGAAGGCCACUCAGAGAAAUAGUCUACCCUAAGGGACCACUAAUCAUGUUUCACUCUGCCAUGACUUGAGUGGGUAGGUUUUCUCCCUAGUGGCCUGGAGUUUAUAGCUAUUUUUUUUCCCCUGUCGAGGAAUUAGUGGAAAAUCAAUGUCAUACUUCCUGUGGACAGUAGGGGUACUCGUCUGGGUGAUUUAAAAACACCCGAUUUAUUAAAAAUAGAAACAAUGGACCUGAGUUUAUCAACCCUUAGGUGAAAGCUCUCUGCCUUUGAUUCCCGUGACAUCACUGAUUAUUCUUCCAAGGGAGCCACAGUGAAGAGUGAAGGGUUAAAGUUGGACUCUAUGAGUUUAUAUAUCUACAGGGCUGUGGUGGUUGGUUAAACCUUGUGAUGCCUUAGAAUCUUGUUCGUUUUUUUUGUCUUUUCACACGUACCUUACAUAAUUUAGAAUAUCGAGUUCGAUGGAACAGUAGCUGCAAUUUCCAGCAGUCGCACUGUGACGCAACAGAACUUGACUCAUUUUUCUCUCAACGCCAAUGAAAACACGAGUGAAGGUGAUGGGGGGUUUUUUGUUGUUGUUUUUGUUUCCAGCUGAGUGUGUGAAGCUGCUACAGCGAUUACUAAGUGAAGGAAUUUGGCGGAUUUGUGUAUUACUGUUACUGAUAUUACUGCUUCUCACAUAACAGUGCACAUAUCCUAUCUGUCUGCAGAAAUGUUUCCUACACAGAGAAUGCUGAUCUACAUCUGUUUGGUUCAUGUAUCAAAAGAGAAACUAAAAUCUAAUGUUUUGAAUGCUGUACACAUGAUUUUUGCCACAUGUUGAGUGGACUUUGUGUGAAUGAGAAUAGUGAAAACAUUUUAGGUCUGUACACCAAGGCUAAGGGUACAGUUCCUCUGUGUAGCAUUUGUCUUCAUAUUUCGGCGUAUCCUUCAAUAUCUUCAGCAUUUGAUUGAAUUCUUUUUCUUUUCCUGUGUGUUUUUGUGUAUAUGCCUUUUAUCAAACAGAGCAGGCUUUGGUGACAGUGAUCGGCCCUCUGCCUUCAGAUGAGCUUGUGGUUUACAGCGAAAUGGAUCGUGUCUUGCUAAACUUUUUUUCUUUUAAAAAAAAAUUUGUACCCACAUAUGAACCCAAAAGCAAAACACGACAAAUCGUUGCUGUUGUCGUGAGAGAACAUUGGGUUCAUGCAUGUUUUUGAUUCAUUUAGUUCAACUGAAAAACAAAUAUAUUGUGCUUUUAGCUUUGGGAAAAUUUCUGCAACAUCUUUUGGACUGGUUUAAUCCUUUAAAAACCCCACAGAGUAAUGUCUAAAUGUUAAGUUGACAUGACUGUCAUUGUGAAAAUUAACUGAAAAUUCGAGGCAUGUUGCAGAUAUUUUUAGCAAUAUUUUCACGCUCUGGGCCGAUUUGAUCAAUAAGGAAAGAGGCUUUCUUUGGUCACUCUGUGUAAUAGCAGCCAGUGACUUCAACAUUGACCCAGUUUGCUCAUGCUGUAACCCAAUUAUUACUUAUCAGAUGGAGACAUCCGCAUCUUUUUCCAUUAGUGCGUAUGCUGCAUGUCAACUCUUUGCCCUGCCUCUUCUUCACUUCUCUCCACUCUUGACAGAUUUGAUUGUUUACAUGCGAAAGAAAAGCAGUCUCUUUUACACAGUGAAUGUGGCUGUACUGGCAGGUGAACAAGGCUGAAACCAAAGAUGACUGUUGGAAAGCUGUGACGAUGGAUACAAAAUGUGUGUGUGUUUAUAGUAUAUGCUAUUCGUUGUGAAUGAUUUCCACACAAAACAUUAUUUCUUCCUGUCUAUAUUGGAAGCCUCUUUCAGUUCUGACUUCAAAGAAUCUCGAACCAACAUGUAUUCAGUACUGCAUUUUUCUUUUAGUUUUUUGAGUGAUUAUUUUUUUCUCCAAACGCUGUACUGAAACCUUAUUUUUAUCUUCAUGUCAUUGUGGUAUUUGUCUGCUGAAGAGGACAAGAUGAGCUCUGAGAGUGGUUGCCUGUGAUUUUCAUAAAUAGAUGACUAUAUACUGUAUUAUCAUUUUGAUGUGAAUUCAUAUUCAACUCCUAUGGCCUUAGCAGCACACACACACAAUACUAGUAUUUCAGUACAUGGCCAUCAAUAGCAUCUUUAUAUCAAGAGUAGAUAUGCAUGGCAAAGAACCUAUUAGUAAGGGGUAUGAGAAUGUACUGAGCACACCAUGGAGAUGAUACAUAUCAGUGCUCACCUAGAAAAUCUGACGCAUGCUGAAGUGUCUAUGUUGUGAACCGGAAAAAUUGUUUUUUGUGACUUUGAAUAUAAGUUUCCUUGGUGGAGUGCUCUUAAGUUUUUAAAUUUCAGGAUAAAGAGUAGCAUCUUUUUGAGCAAAAUCUGCAAAGGACAUUUUUAUUUCCAAAGUCACAAUGUACAGUCUCCAUCAUUGACGUUGUUUUGGGUUUUU